CAAACAUGAGUAUAAAAUUCGACUUCGACGAUUACCCAGACGCUUCCACAGAUGUCUACACCUACAUCCCACCAAUCGAUGCCGCCCCGUGCCCGGUUUCAUCACCCGUCAAUAAAUACGUAGUUGUCGUAAUUUAUUCCACAGUUUUCUUACUCAACGUAGUCGGCAACAGCCUUGUGAUUCUUGUCCUGCGCUACAACAGGCUGAAGAGAUCGUCCACCGACAUUUACCUGCUGAACCUGGCCCUUGCUGACCUCCUUUUUUCCAUAACGCUCCCCUUCUGGGCUGCAUACAAAGGCAGAGAGUGGACAUUUGGCAUCGCUAUGUGCAAAAUCGUCUCCAUACUGCAAGAAGUCAACUUUUACAGUGGAGUCUUCUUGUUGGCCUGUAUAAGUGUAGACCGGUAUCUGGCGAUCGUCCAUGCCACCGAGUUCUUUACAAAGAAGAAACAUUUGGUCAAGAUUAUCACCAUCGGCAUCUGGAUCAUUUCAUUUGGUCUUUCUUUUCCAACCAUUUGGUUUAGAGAUGUGUUUGUGUCCUACAAGAGAGGAAAUGUUUGUCAUGAGAACCUGAAGGAAAAUACCGAGGACUGGUUGCUCAUCAUUAGGAUUGGACGCCACGUGAUGGGGUUCUUCAUACCGUUGCUCAUUAUGCUUUUCUGUUAUGGCUUUGUCAUUAAGACCCUUAUUAAGACCAGAAAUAGCCAGAAGCAACGAGCUAUGAAGGUCAUCUUUGCUGUAUUUUUGGUCUUCCUGAUCUGCUGGCUUCCCCACAAUAUCACCGUCAUGGUGGACUCCCUCAUGAGGAAAAAACAUAUCAAAGAAACGUGCUUACUGAGAAAUCAGUUGGACACCGCUCUGUACAUCACUGAAGUUUUUGGCUUCACCCACAGCUGUAUUAACCCAAUUCUAUAUGCAUUCAUAGGACACAAGUUUCGACACAGUUUCCUGACUAUCCUCGCCAACAAGGGAAUUAUCAGUAAGGACAGACUUUCUAGUUAUGGCCGGAGUCUCUCCGUCAUGUCCUCAUCGGCUCAUACAUCCACCACAAUCUAG